GUGAAGAGAGAGGAGCGGCCGUUUGGCGGCCUCCACGUGGCAUGGAGCAGCGGCAGCAGGCCUUACAAGGAAACCCUGUUAUCAUCGCGCCCUUUCAGAAGCCACUCAAAUGGGAUGUUCUUACAGUGAACCCUGCUUCGCUUCUCGCUUCACAGCAGCUCUCGCAUUUCUGCUGCUUCUCUCGGCUCUCCUCCCAACCCCGGUGCCUUCAACAGGGUCGCUGUUCAGCCACUGCAGUGCCCCUUCUUUCUUACCCGUGGUGGGACCAGCCUCUCUCCUGCCGGCAGGGCACAGCUCAGGCGUCCCCAGAAGCCCCACGCUGCCGUGACUCGUUUUCGGUGGAUGUGGCUUCUUCAGGUUUCGACUAUCCGAGCGGCAGAUGAGGAGACAAUAUGUUUUUAACCCUUUUUUAAAAGAUGUUUUUUAAGCUUUUUUAAAAAAUGUCUUUAAUGUUGUUUUUUAAUGUAUUCUAAGCACUGACAAUGGGAGACAUUGAGAAGGGCAAGAAGAUCUUUUCUGUGAAGUGUGGGACUUGCCACACAGUUGAGAAGGGAGGCAAGCACAAGACUGGCCCCAAUCUUCAUGGUCUGUUUGGCCGAAAGACUGGUCAAGCGGAAGGUUUCGCUUACACGGAAGCCAACAAAAGCAAGGGUAUAAUCUGGGGAGAGGAUACACUGAUGGAGUACUUAGAAAACCCCAAGAAGUAUAUCCCAGGAACUAAGAUGAUCUUUGCAGGCCUUAAGAAGAAGGAGGAGAGAGUAAAUAUAAUAGCAUACCUUAAGAAAGCCACUGCUGAGUAAUGACUUCUGCUGCCUUAUUUAUUUCACCAAAUGGAAAUGACUCUGUUGAGAUUGGUUUUUAAACUUUCUAUUUUUACAUGCAUAAAAAUCUUUCUCAUCAGCCAGAGAACGUUGAUCAUGGAUGGUUGUUAACAUAUGUACUUGUUCUUGUGAUAUAAUUUAUAGAAUUGUGUAAUCAGGCUUGAAUAAGUACAGUCAGGAUGAUUGCAGUGUUUUCUGAUCAUGUAAUUAAAAAAACCCCUCUCAGUG